CAAACAGAUGGGGACUUAGUCCUUUUUAAUUUUGGAAGACAUUCAAGGUCACGAACGUUUGUUUACAUACAAUCAGCUGACUCGAGGAUGACGUAAUCCCUCCCGGUCGGCACAUGCGGCUUUUUACUUCUUUCUGCUCACAUAAGAAUUAGAUUUUAAAAUUUAAAAUGGACUCCCAGAGCUAUUUUGGUUUAGUUGACUACAUAGUCUUUGCUGCAGUACUAGCCUUUUCCUCGGCAAUUGGCAUUUACUUCAGAUUUACGGGAGGGAAGCAGAAGACCUUUAAGGAAUAUAUGCUUGCUGACAACAGUAUGCCGAUGCUGCCUGUUGCUUUUUCACUUAUGGCCUCCUUCAUGUCAGCUAUCACAAUACUGGGAGUGUCAAAGGAGAAUUAUAUGUUUGGUACGCAGUUUAUAGUUAUCAAUAUAUCAUACAUCAUCUCAACUCCUAUUGUGUGCUACUUCUAUCUGCCGGUCUUCUUCAGGCUACAGAAUACCAGUGUUUAUGAGGAAAUUAUCUGA